AUGACGGCGAACAAAGGUAUUACUCUCAUUAUGAAUGAGGGUUAUAAUGAAAACUGUCAUCCUCAAUUAGUAUCAAUCGAUUCAACUGUUCCAUAUAUUCAUGAAGCAAUCAACGCUCUCGAUAUUCAAUCAUCGUCGUCUCCUUUUAUUAUAGCCGAUUUUGGUUCAGCUCAUGGAUAUAAUUCAAUUCAUGCCAUGAAAGCGAUCAUUCAAUGUUUGAAAGAGACCAAAAAGGUAAAUGAUAGAAGAUCGUUUCUUGUUAUUCAUAAUGAUUUACCUACUAAUGACUGGACAAUAUUUUUUGAUCUUCUUAAUCAAGACAAUUCCUAUUACGGUGUAACUAGCGGUCAAUCUUUUUAUGAGCCAUGUCUACCACCGAAUUCGCUCUUCAUUGGCUAUUCGUCCACUUCACUCCAUUGGCUCUCACGUAAGCCAUGCAACAUAUCAAAUCAUUGUGCAUCCCUAUUUGCAAAAAACGACGAGCUCAAAGCAUUUCAAGAGCAAGCUCGUCUCGACUGGAAUCUCUUUCUUGAAUAUCGUUCACAUGAAUUGAUUCCUGGUGGUGUGCUCAUUCUCCUUAUUCCGUCUGUCGAUGAUCAAGGGUUUAACGGUUUCGAUAUUCUUAGAGAACUUCUUUAUAACUGUGCUCAAUCGCUACUAACCCCGCAAGAAUUACUCGAUUAUACGUUUCCAAUACAUGCUCGUUCAUAUUCAGAUUGUAUCGAUCAUCAACUAUUUGCUCGUUGUUGUUUGGAACUAAUCAAAUCCGAUUUCGGCUCAGUAGAAAUGCCCUUUAUCAAGCAAUGGAAAAACCAACAAAUGACACAGGAUGACUUCAUUCGAUCAAUGACACAGUACGUUCGUAGUUGGUCCGAGUCGACUCUUAAACAGGCACUCAUGGUAAAUAAUCGAUCAAAACAAGAUACAGAACAUAUAUUAAAUGAAUGUUGGUCUUUAUUUAGUCACAAAGCAAGAGAACAAUGGGAUCAAUUAUUAGACUUGCGCAUGAAUUUUACCUAUGUAGUUUUGAGAAAAAAGAAGGCAAGUCCUGAGUAA